AUGUUCAAGAAGGCCGUGAAAGAUGCUCCCACUGGAGGGACCUCGAAAACGCUUCAGUCCAACCUACUGCGGACCAACAUACAUGCCUCUCCAAAUCCAGCCCCACCACAAUCUGUCGGAGUCAAACGAAAAAUCGAGGUGGCCCAUAAUGGAAAUUCUGCGCUAGGAUCUCUCCAUAGCGCGGUUUACUUCGAUGAAAAUGACUUUGAUGAUGAUAUCGACCUCGACAUUGAUGAGCCGCAGCCAUUGAUCACAUCAAAUGGUGCUAACCUCAACAACUCGAAGCCAGUCACAUAUCCAAGUCUUGAUAACAACUCCGCCAAUCCAACGGAUGUCAAUUACCCGGAUCUACCACCUGUCUCCCAAGAAGACCAGGCACCCCCGAGCAGUAUGCAGUUCCCGUGGUCUUCAUCACCUCCUUCCCACUUCCAACCUCCGCCCAAACCUCGAACUCUCCCCUGGCUGCAGGAAGAGAAGGAAGAACCUCCCCGCAUGAAGAAUAGCCAUAUCACACCGAAACGCUCAAAGCCCACCGACUUCUGGAACAAGUCUGCGAGUGCCAUCAAGGAGGAGCAGAAAGAGCUACGUAAGGAAUACAAGAAGAACCAAAAGCCCGAGAUCAAGCCCCAAAAGCAAGGCCGCACAAAGGUUGCGUCUAUCUUCUUGAGUGAUGAGCAAAGAGCGGUUCUUGAUGCAGUUGUCGAUGGCGGAAAGAGCAUAUUCUUCACCGGUUCCGCAGGAACAGGAAAGUCGGUCCUCAUGCGAGAGAUCAUCCAGAAACUGCGCAUAAAAUACCGCAAGGAGCCAGAUCGCAUUGCGGUCACGGCCUCCACCGGCCUUGCGGCCUGUAACAUUGAGGGCGUCACCCUUCAUAGUUUUGCUGGUAUUGGUUUAGGCAAGGAGGCAGUCCCUGAGUUAGUCAAAAAGGUCAAGAAGAACCAGAAGGCUAGGAAUCGCUGGCUGCGUACCAAGGUUCUUGUUGUUGAUGAAGUGUCCAUGGUUGAUGGAGAUCUUUUUGACAAAUUAGAAGAGAUUGCCAGGCGCAUUCGCAACAAUGGUCGGCCAUUUGGAGGAAUUCAACUUGUCGUUACAGGUGAUUUCUUCCAACUGCCACCGGUGCCUGAAGGAAGUAACCGCGAGGCCAAAUUUGCCUUUGCGGCAGCUACUUGGACUACUUGUAUUCAGCAUACCAUUCUUUUGACGAAUGUUUUUCGUCAAAAGGAUCCGGAGUUUGCGGACAUGCUGAACGAAAUGAGAUUGGGAAAGAUUAGCCCUCGCACGAUCGAUGCUUUCCGAAAGCUUUCUCGGCCGCUAGAUUUCCAUGAUUCGCUCGAGGCAACAGAACUGUUCCCUACUCGCGCUGAAGUGGAAGGGGCCAACUCCGCACGAAUGGGCAGACUUUCUGGUGAGAUGAUGAUGUUCAAUGCCGUCGAUUCCGGAACAAUCCAGGAUCCCCAGCACCGUGAGAAGCUAUUGUCAAAUUGCAUGGCCCCUCCUCUCAUUCAAUUGAAGAAGGGUGCUCAAGUGAUGCUCAUCAAGAACAUGGAAGAAUCCCUUGUGAAUGGUUCAAUUGGACGUGUGGUGGCCUUCAUGAGUGAAGAAUAUUUUGACUCAUAUCGGGAAAAUGACAAGGAAUUUGCUGAAGAUGCAACUGCGAGCGAUGAAGAGCGCGCUAUGCGUGCCAAAAAGAAGCUCAAGCCCAUGGGUCACAAGGAAGGGCCUGCUUCUGUGACUCGGAAAUGGCCAUUGGUGUGCUUCAUGCAACCCGACGGAUCAGAGCGCCACCUGCUAUGUCAACCAGAAACCUGGAAGAUUGAACUUCCCAAUGGAGAGGUGCAGGCUCAACGCCAACAAGUUCCACUAAUCUUGGCAUGGGCUUUGUCUAUUCACAAGGCCCAGGGACAGACCCUUCAGCGAGUGAAGGUUGACCUUGGCCGAGUUUUUGAAAAGGGCCAGGCAUAUGUUGCCCUCAGUCGAGCAACAUCGCAAGAGGGAUUGCAGGUCACUCGAUUCGAGCCCCGCAAGGUAAUGGUACAUCCCAGAGUUGUGGAAUUCUACAAUAACCUGGUCUCGAUCACACAAGUCAUUAAGUCCAAAUCCAAGCCAACGAGUGCCUUUAACCCUGAAGACUUCGACGAUGACGAGUUCUGA